AUGUCUACAUCAGAUCGAUAUGGCAAAGCAGCACAACUUCGUGGAUCUGUCAGUUUAUUUGUAUUGCUUGGUAUCACCUGGGCUUUGGCGAUACUGGCAAUCAGUGAGGCUGGUUUAGUCGUCAAUUAUUUGUUUGCGAUUGCCAAUUCUCUUCAAGGAUUAAUUAUAUUUAUAUUUUUCUGCGCUUUGAGGAAGGAUGUCCAGAAAGAGUGGAGAGAUGCGUUUUGUUCACGUUGUCAGCGUUCAUCUCGAUCUGCAGAAUUUUCUAAAAUGUUGCUGCAUCCUAAACUAUCUAACAAUGAAUCAUCCAAUUCUGCUAUACUUAUUAGUCCUGCCCAGAAGCCAAAUUGUCAAGUGGUGAAUGACAGAUUGAUGCUUCCAGCAAAAAUGUUUUCAAAUUUAAUUCAUGGAAGACAAAUGCAUAUGAAUUUUGAUCGUCUGAGAAAGCUGCAAAUGUUUGCUAAAAACUUGUCUCCUGAUAAGAUCAAACUGAGUACGCUGAAAGGGGAGGGAGACCUUCAAAAUCUGGAAUUGGAUGAAAAAGUAUUGAUGGAUAUAAUGGAUCUGCCAACAUGGGUCAUACUUACCAAAGCUGUGUGUAACAAGGUUUCCAUCAAGAUACCAUGGACUAAGUUGAAAACCCAUCCGGCUACUCUGUACUUGGAUCAAGUGGAAAUUGAGAUGGAAAUCAGUGACAACCUCAGACAUCCCAAUGAUUAUAUACCACUGCACAGUUCUGGUGGUAAGUAUGGUUUCUCAGAUCGUGUCAUUGAUGGACUCUAUGUGGUGGUAAAUGCAGUUAAUAUUAAUUUCCACUCCAAGGCAUUUCAAGCUUCCGCACAAAUAUCAAGAUUUCGUAUCCGAAGUACAAGCCCUAUGUGGCAGCCAUCUGACUUGAGACUGACACGCAUUAAAGACAGCAAUCGAGACGAGAUUCUUAUAUUCAAAGAAGCUGAUUGGUCCACACUACGCAUUGAGAUUGACGCCAUCAAAAAGGAUCCUGAACGUCCAACAACUCCCAUUCGACUGAUCACAAACCAGGGCAAGAUUCGUUUCACCAUCAAGAAGAGACUGAGUGACUGCGUGAUGCUCACAUCCAAAGUUCAGUUACUUUUAGAAGAUUUGCUAUGGGUACUUACUGAUUCACAACUGAAAGCAUUUAUUGAGUAUCUACAGUUUCUUGGUGCUCUACAGAAACAGUCUGAAAAUGAAGUUAAGACAAGUACCAACAUACAGUCACAGGCUAAAAUGAUAGCAGAACAGGCUAAAGGUAAACAAUCUCAAGCCACACAGCAUCAACACCUAUCAGCUGAAGAUCUGGCAAUGACAAGAUUCUUUGAUAAAUUUGAUGUAGUAGAGACUUCAUAUCACUUGACAAUGCAUAGGGUGGACUUACAUCUGUGUGAUGAACAGAAUAGACCACAGUCUGAAGAAAGUUUCCGAAGACGUACAGAUGGAGGUGCUAUGCAGAUUACAUUACAGAAGUUUUCGCUUGACCUUUACCCAUAUCACAUUGCAAACACCAGUAGGGCACAUUGGGAAAGAUUUGACGAUGCAAUGUCAGCCAGAGACUGUUGGGUAGAACAUCUCAUGGCCCACUUCAAACAACAGGUCAACAACGCUAGGGAGGGUGGUAGGCCGUUCAAGUCUCAGCCGAGGCCACACACAGAGGACAGAGGCCAUCAAGUAAGAGGUCACUCAAUACCGCAGACAAAGAGCAAGAAGCAGGCAAGAUUACUUGAGAACACGCUGGUUCUACGACUGGAGGAUUUCUCAAUCUAUGCUGUGUCAACAACCCAAUCUAGUCACAAGGCACCGUCCAAGAAAUUUCUAUCAUCAGAUAAGAAGGCGUUGUUUUUGCCCCCUGAAAUCUCAUCCUUACAUGUUGAGUACACAUCAUACUAUUUUCCAGAGGGACUUGACUUUCCAGUUCCUCAAGCAAAUGUAUUUGUGAAAUUGAACCCACUGCAGUUGACUCUGGAUAUACCAACUAUACUAUGGCUUAGCCAGUUUGCCAGUCACAUGGCUACUGGUGUUAAAGAUGAUGGUGGCCCAGUUAUUGAGUUUGAACAUAGGGAUAUCAGAAUAGAUGCAUUAAUGCCAAAGUUUGUUCUUCCAGCUGAGCCUGAGGUUCUACACCAGCCAGACCGACCAAAGUCGUUACAAAUACAGUCAUCGCAGAUCACAAUAUCAAACUGUCGAAGCGCAACCAAUUCAACCAAAUCAGAUCUAGGAUCUACUCUACAAAACAUGUACAGUGGAAAGCUGUUCUGUGAAAGGAAGUCUUACCCAGGUGAUAAAAACGACCUCAAUGGUGUCCCAAAGAUGUUUUGGAAUCAUGCCUAUGAUGACAAGAAGCCAAGAAACCCUAAACAUUGCGCAGAAUCAGACAAGUAUUCUGCAAAAGUAUGUGAAAAUGGUGCAGUACCUGCAAUGCUUGAUCAGGCUGCGAGGAACCAGAGUGAGUGUGAUGACCCUACUCAGCAAAGACACAGUAAUGGCUUAGAACAUUCUGAAGGAUCCCCGUUACAUUCAAAGUCUUUCGCAACCUAUGCAUCUGAAGACAUUUGGUGUGUGAACUUUGAUCAGGUGUGGUUAGAAUUUCUUGGUGCUGAAAGUACAAAGGGGAGGCCAGUAUCUCUUCUUGAAGCUAUCCCUCUUUCUAUCUGGGUAUGCUUCCCAAAGAACAGUAAGAGUUAUCGUGAGAAAAGCAAUAAAGCAAAGAUUGCAAACCCAGGGGAUACAAUAUUAUCUAAACAUUCCAUAACAGCAAUACAAGAAAUGGAUAGAGUGCAGAGGAGGAAACUCUUACAUGAAUAUUACAAAUCUAAAUCUUCCACUGAGUCAAGUAUGGAUUCCUCUAUUGCUAGCCCUGAAGCAUCAGCUGCUUAUCCAUUUUCAAGAUCUCAGUCAGACUCUGUUUUCCUGAACUCUCUCACAGAAAGAGAACCUGAUCCAAGAGAUUGUUACAGCGACUCUAAAGGAAGUCCCCCACCUCCUCGAUAUGUGCAUUACAGCACAAGUACUGACAGUUCCUCCUCAACGUUUGCUGACUUUCUCACUGGUCCGGAGACAAACGUGCAUGGUGGAGAGCAAGAAGAGGAACCUUCUGCUGCAGAUGAUUCUGAGGAGAGUUACAUUGCUGACAGAUGCAUCAUUGUUCAUUCUGAUUCUAAGGCUAGGUUUAUGUUGAAUCACUAUCAGCUGCUCUUUCUUCUAAGACUGAUAGAUUCUUUUUCAGCUAUGAUGGUUGUACUUGAAGAAGACUAUGUGAUGUUCUUCAAGCAGCCAAGCCAAGUAAAAAGCAUGAUGAUUUCUCUGAGGCUCCAGCAGGUUGAGUUGACCCUUCUCAUGCCACCACUGCCAGAUGUAGGAGAAGAUGAGUUUAAAGAUGGGUUGAAUCUUGAUGGUUCAAAAAAGGAGAUGCAGCUGUUAAGUGUUGAAACUAGCGGUGUUCCAUCAGACAGUGUAACAUCACAUGACAGUGGUCUUGGAACACCUACAACCGAGACCGGGAAAUCUGAUCUUGAAGUGAAACAGAAUAGCGAAGGAACUGUUCAUGUGGAUGAUGGCAAUGAGUUGAUGAGUGAGAUGAGUGAGGGGGGUAUAUUAGUAGAGGAAUCAUCUGCAUCUGGUGGAAUAGCUGAAGAUUUGAAGAUAACUGAUGAGCCAAAAGUAGAAUUCCGAAAAGUAAACCGGGAUUUCGUUACCCUGCAAGUCGGUUCACCAAGCAAGAAAAAUGAACUGCUUAACUCUCUUCCAAAAUAUGAUACACCUUUGGGAAGUAAGGGUGACAUAAACUACAUUCAAUUACAAAAACUUAAAGGUAGUGGCUUAGUCAAGUCUCCUAAAAGUUCCUCGUUCGCAGGCCUCAGUUCAAGUCUAUCAGAAUCUCAGGUAUCCUUGGAUGAAAUAUCUUCACUAGACUCCAGUUCUCACUGGGAUACGUUAUCAGUAAGCAGUGACACCAGCGACCCCUUUGUCGUCCUUGGUGGUGGUGUGCCAUCUAUUUCUGGAGAUGGUGAGUCGGAUGCUAGCUGUGGUAGUGAAAACGUUCCACAGAUUGUUACAAACCUCUCCAGUGACCGUACAAGUAGCAGAGCCAGUACUCCAUCUAUCGCUGGUAGCUGUGUCACUGAUAGGAAACAACGUAACGUGUCCAUUGUGAUUGCGAAUCUGAGAGAUUUCCAGAUAGCAUUGGAGUUUAACGGUGACAAUUCAACCAUCAAACUGCUGCUUCAUGAUAUUGAACUUGAAGAGAAGAGGAAUCAUGAUAUGGAUUAUUUUAUAUCCAAGCGCAUUGCAGAUGGAUCUUCCAAAAUUAAAUCAGCGCCACCACUAGAAGCAAGUAAAGUAGAGAAUCCAGUGGUGUCUGUCAGACUUAGUAUGGGUCCCUCAGCUGAGAAAUACUGUGCUGGUGUUGGCGAUAGAAGUCAUCUGGAUGUCAGAGUAGAUCAACUUAAUACCAAGGUGUCUCUUUCUACUGUCACUAAUCUCUUGAGUCUUAUUGAAGAUGAAUUACUUGGCCCCUGUAUGCCAAUGGAUAUUAAGAUUACAAAGGCUGAUAUUAAGUUAAUAAGUGACUCGCCGCCAGUUUACCCUUUAUGUCAUCUUCAAUCUGAUGAACCACUUAUAUUAUAUUUACAAUCUGCAAUAGUCAAGAGAACACUAGAUGGAGUCUUCCAUAUUAAUGCAAUAGAAAGCAAGGAUAAAGAUUUAGAGGAUUUGGUUCCUCAAUCUGAAGAGGUUGCUGAUCUGCAGACACACAAUAAACGACUGAAAGAACAGUUAGAGAUGACAAGAACAGCCCUGGCAAAUGUCGAACAUGAAAGAUUGUCGCUUACAACUUCACUAACUCGCCUGCAGCAGGAGUUGAUCACUGUGGAGAGAGAGAAAGAUAGCCUCAAAGUCAAAGUUGAUAAAUUGAAGAGUACUCUACUCAAAAGGUGA